GGGCGGUCACCAAUGGGUGCCGGCUCCCGAGGAGAGGGCGGAGGAGAGGAGGAAGGAGGCGGAAUCUGGGCCCCGGCCCCAUUCAUUGCCGCGGCCCGCCGGGCGGGGGUCCCGUGUUCUCGGAGUCAUGGAGGCGCUAAUUCCUGUGAUCAACAAGCUCCAGGACGUCUUCAAUACCGUGGGCGCCGACAUCAUCCAGUUGCCUCAGAUAGUCGUGGUGGGGACGCAGAGCAGUGGAAAGAGCUCAGUGCUAGAGAGCCUAGUGGGGAGGGACCUGCUUCCCAGAGGCACUGGUAUUGUCACCCGGAGACCUCUCAUUCUGCAGCUAGUCCAUGUUUCACCUGAAGAUCAGCGAAAAACAUCAGGAGAAGAAAAUGACCCUGCUACAUGGAAAAACUCAAGACACCUUUCUAAAGGAGUUGAAGCAGAGGAGUGGGGUAAAUUUCUUCACACCAAAAAUAAGCUUUACACAGAUUUUGAUGAAAUUCGACAAGAAAUUGAGAAUGAAACAGAGAGAAUUUCAGGAAAUAAUAAGGGAGUAAGCCCUGAACCAAUUCAUCUUAAGAUUUUUUCACCCAACGUUGUGAAUCUGACACUUGUGGAUUUGCCAGGAAUGACCAAGGUGCCUGUAGGUGAUCAACCUAAAGAUAUUGAGCUUCAAAUCAGAGAGCUCAUUCUUCGAUUCAUCAGUAAUCCAAAUUCCAUUAUCCUCGCUGUCACUGCUGCUAAUACAGAUAUGGCAACAUCAGAGGCACUUAAAAUUUCAAGAGAGGUAGAUCCAGAUGGUCGAAGAACUCUAGCUGUAAUCACUAAACUUGAUCUCAUGGAUGCGGGUACUGAUGCCAUGGAUGUAUUAAUGGGAAGGGUUAUACCAGUCAAACUUGGAAUAAUUGGAGUAGUGAACAGUUUAACCUUUGUUAGGUUACUAAUGCAUCACAUCAGAGAUUGCUUACCAGAGUUGAAGACAAGAAUAAAUGUUUUAGCUGCUCAAUAUCAGUCUCUUCUAAAUAGCUAUGGUGAACCUGUAGAUGAUAAAAGUGCUACUUUACUCCAGCUUAUUACCAAAUUUGCCACAGAAUAUUGUAAUACUAUUGAAGGAACUGCAAAAUAUAUUGAAACUUCAGAACUAUGCGGUGGUGCUAGAAUCUGUUACAUUUUCCAUGAGACUUUUGGGAGAACCUUAGAAUCUGUUGACCCACUAGGUGGCCUUAACACUAUUGACAUAUUGACUGCCAUUAGAAAUGCUACUGGUCCCCGUCCAGCUUUGUUUGUGCCUGAAGUUUCAUUUGAAUUACUGGUCAAGCGGCAGAUCAAACGCCUGGAAGAGCCGAGCCUCCGCUGUGUGGAGCUGGUUCAUGAGGAAAUGCAAAGGAUCAUUCAGCAUUGCAGCAAUUACAGUACCCAGGAGCUGUUGCGGUUUCCUAAACUUCAUGAUGCCAUAGUUGAAGUAGUGACUUGUCUUCUUCGUAAACGGUUGCCAGUCACAAAUGAAAUGGUCCAUAACUUAGUGGCAAUUGAAUUGGCUUAUAUCAACACAAAACAUCCAGAUUUUGCUGAUGCUUGUGGGCUAAUGAACAAUAAUAUAGAGGAACAAAGGAGAAACAGGCUAGCAAGAGAAUUGCCUUCAGCUGUAUCACGAGAUAAGUCUUCUAAAGUUCCAAGUGCUUUGGCACCUGCCUCCCAGGAGCCCUCCCCUGCUGCUUCUGCUGAGGCUGAUGGCAAGUUAAUUCAGGACAGCAGAAGAGAAACUAAAAAUGUUUUAUCUGGAGGCGGUGGGGUUGGAGAUGCUGUUCAAGAACCAACAACAGGCAACUGGAGAGGAAUGCUGAAAACUUCAAAAGCUGAAGAGUUAUUAGCUGAAGAAAAAUCAAAACCAAUUCCAAUUAUGCCGGCUAGUCCACAGAAAGGCCAUGCUGUGAAUCUGUUGGAUGUGCCUGUUCCUGUUGCACGCAAACUAUCUGCCCGUGAGCAGCGAGAUUGUGAAGUUAUUGAACGACUCAUCAAAUCUUACUUUCUUAUUGUCAGAAAGAAUAUUCAAGACAGUGUGCCAAAGGCAGUAAUGCAUUUUUUGGUUAAUCAUGUGAAAGAUACUCUUCAGAGUGAGUUAGUAGGACAGCUGUAUAAAUCAUCCUUAUUGGAUGAUCUUCUGACUGAAUCUGAGGACAUGGCACAACGUAGGAAAGAAGCAGCUGAUAUGCUAAAGGCAUUACAAGGAGCAGGUCAAAUUAUUGCUGAAAUCAGAGAGACUCAUCUUUGGUGAAGAGAACUACAUAAGACUGAGACUUUGUUGACUCGAAAGUUACUGCCUACUUGAGUAGAUUUUUAUUUAUGAACUCCUAUGUAUUACAAUGGUAUGAACUGCUCAUGUGAAGACUGGCUAUACACUGAAAACUGUACUCUGUAUUACAGAAUGAAAUCACAUAAUCCGAAUAAAUGGCUGUUUCUAAAGUUUCCCAGUAUAUAUAAAAUACAUCAACUCUUUCUUGUGAUAGUUUCAUUUGAACUUAAAAGAAAUGCUAAUGUUCUCAUUGUACAAGCAGCUUACCCGUGUAAUCUGUUAGUAGUCUUAACGCUGCUACCACGGUCCUUCAAGAAAAACGCACCAAAACAUUUCAUACGACUGUACUGCAUGCAUUAUAUAAGCUGAUCUGGCUUUGAAAGAUGCGGGUUGACAAGUUACUCAUAGUCACUGUAUUCCACCUGUCCUUAUUAGUUCUAUCUCUGCAACCUUUGAUGUGUUAGUCAGAAAGGUGGAUGUACAGAGGAUCGCUAACAGUGACAAUGAUGCAUUGUGCAUAAUGGGUAGCCACAGAGCCCUUCCAUUUCUUGGUCCACAUUGCCCUAGUGCAUUAAAAUAUCUGAUUCUUACUCAAACCUAGAAGCAAGUACUACAUUUUCCUGUAUUAAAAACAACCACCUACACUUGAUUUUAUAGUAAGACUUAGAGGCUCUAAAAAAAAUUCAGAUAUAUCUUAAAAUUGCGGCACUUAACACCAUGCUCUUUCUUGGAGGGGGGACUUAAAACCAAAUUCUGUGCUAGAUCAGUAAGUAUUACAUGAUAAUUGUUACUUUUGCUUCACACCAGCAAAAUUAGCAUAGAGGUAUGACAAUACUGGUGGAGCCUUAUUAAAAAAAAAAAAAACCAUGCUGACACACUCCUAAUGGCUUAUAGACAACUAAUUUGUAUUCAGGAGUGAGGUUUAGAACAUAUAUUUUAUUAAAAUUCCUCAGGUGAUUUUUGAUAUGAAUUACAUUAUAAAUGUUAAGAUAAUGGUCAAAAUUCUUAAGGCAUCUAGCAGAUAUUAAAAUUUCUUUUUAAGUUACAAUAUUUAUGAAGGACUAUUGACAAUAUAAAUAUAUCUGUUAACUUUAGGUACCCAUUUACUAAGAAACAACAGGCUCACCAACUUAUCUCAAACAUAAAAAAACCCAGAUUCAAAUCUUGAUAGAAUACAUCGCAUCAAAAUGUUUGUUAGUGCACUUUAAAAUCACUCUGCCAUCUUUAAACAUUAGCUUUGAAUUAUACCAUUCAUGUUUACUUACUUUAGACAGAUUAGAUAACUACUGUUUUAGCCUUUUGAAUUUAUAAGGGGGAAAAUUACCUUCUAACGCAUCUUUCUCCAGUAUAUCAAACAGAUUUCCAAUUAAAAAAUGUUCCCUUUAAAGACAUGGUAUGGUAAUGCACUUUCUAGUACUACAUACCUUGUACUAGUACAAAGCAAAAUAGGCAAGAGAGGUGUGGCAAGUGAAACCUUCGUUGGCUCUAAACUGGGUGAAGUUCUGAAAUGUGGAGAUAAUCUAUGACAUUUAUAAUGGAUACCUGUAUGUUCUUGCUGUGUAAAUAAAAUUGCUGGUAUGAAAUGACAUUAAAGUUUAUCAAUAAAUGAA